ACAAAAUUCUGAAUAAUCGCAAUUGUGCAACGUAUCCUUGAGUUCCAAUUUCUUUACGAAACAAUAUUUAUCUACGUGCUCCUUAUCGAUUUAUCAAGCCGCAAGAUAAAAAUACUGGUGUAUUUGAUACAAUUUGCACGUUCAGUUGGAACUACGCGCGCACUGAAUUACGUAUACGCAGUAUUGCAUAUUAAGUUUCUGCUGUUUGAUCGACUGUCCAGAUGGAGAAGGAAGUCGGUAAUUUGGCGGAGACCUUCGCGAAGAUCCAAGCGGGGAUCUCGCAUUUUCAGGACAGCGUUACCAACAUGAAUCUCAAUCCGACCUUGAAGCAGGUCCACAAGAUGGAGUACCAUUACAAGCAGAUCUUGAAUAAGCUGGAGCAAGUUCAGUACCACAUGGAGCAGAUCGAAGAGUGCUGCAAGAUUAUGGGGAACGUUGAUAAGGAUGGGCAAUUCAUCCGCGGGGAUAUUGUUAGGGAACGAGUGAGGAUGUUGAACUGUCUUAGCCCAUCCUUCCUCGAGCCCAAUCUUCGGGAGUUCAGACAGGCGGAAAGUGUCUUCCACAAAACCAAGAGGAAAUCGCGGUCGGAAAAUAAUUUGGUAUCGACUGGGGAUAGGAUGUGCGUGGAUAUUGAUAUAGAUGGUAUUGGAAAACAGAUGCAAGCGCAGUCCCAGAUGAUCUUUAACUAUAACCAGGAUGAUUUACCCAAGGUCGUCGAUUGCUUGAUGAAGUCCCAAAAAUAAUCUAAUCUUAUAAUUGUAUUGUUCAAUUAAAAUGUUAGGUAUAUAAAUUGUGAUACUGCACCAAUUACCUUAUAC